UGAGUAUUCAGCAGUAUGCAGAUAAACAACACCCAUGUACGAGUAUAUAUUUACCCAGAGGAGGUUCUCUUCAGAGGAGACUGUUCACUCGUCCACCUGCUCUGGGGCUCAUCCACAAUAUCAACACUGCAGAAGAGCAUAGACCAAGAGCUAAAGAAACAUUGUGGAGAAAUGGGAAACUGUGUUUCAACAAACUCUUCCUGCAGUCUAACACCAAUACAAACAGAUGUCCACUUCACAAACACAAUGUACAGAAUCCCAGCUCUGAUCUACAUUAAAGAAAAUGAAACCUUUCUGGCUUUCGCUGAGAAACGAACAUCACUGAAUGACGCUAAUGCAAAGAAUCUGGUCGUGAAGAGGGGAAUAAAACAGAAUGAGUCCAUUAAGUGGUCACCUCUUGAGGAGCUUCCAGACGCUGGUUUGGAAGGCUAUCGCACGAUGAACCCGUGUCCAGUCUACGAGAACAUCUCUAAAAGUGUAUUUCUGUUUUUUAUCUGUGUGUUUGAUAAGGUCACUGAGAAGGAGCAGAUUGAUAGCCGUAAAAACAGAGCUCGGUUGUGUUACGUCUUUAGUCAGGACGGAGGGAACUCUUGGAGCAAAACAACAGACUUAACAGAAGCUGUGAUUGGGGAGGAGAUAAAGAAUUGGGCCACAUUUGCUGUGGGACCAGGACACGGCAUUCAAAUGAGCAGUAACAGACUCAUUAUUCCUGCCUACGUGUAUUAUAUUACCUGCUGUUGUGUAAAACCUUAUGCUUUUGCAUUCUAUAGUGAUGACAGUGGGGAGUCGUGGCAUUACGGAGAAAAAUUAAGUAAAGAGUCUCUUGAGUGUGAAAUGGCAGAGAUCACUGAUGACACAGGAAACAAAAUUUUAUACUGCAAUGCCAGAAGCACUAGAGGUUGUAGAGUUGAGGCCUGGAGUAAAGACCAAGAAAUACAUUUGAAGCAUCCUAUAACUGUAAUCUAGUAGAACCUUGUCAUGGCUGCCAGGGAAGUGUAGUGAGCUUCACAGAUAAACAGAACAAGUCCUGCCUCCUUUACUCCCAUACAACUGACAAAUGCAAAAGAUUAAAUCUUGGGAUUUAUCAUAAUAAAACUC